UGAGUGCUCCACAGCCUUCUGUCCACAGCCAUCAAAAGGCUACAGUGGGGUAAAAGUUUUAGGAACGAGUACAAAGAAUUCAAGAAUUCGGAAUAUUGAAUUACAAAAUAGUAAUGUAUAUAGCUAUCAAAUAAAAUUAAAUUUUAAAGGCACUCUUUGAUACCAACAUUAUAUUUUUGAAUUAAUGAUAGUCGAAACCUUGUGAUAAUUAAAAAUGGAAUCGAAAAGUGGAACAAGAAUCAACAACUUUCUAAUUUAUUUACCUUUAAAUAAUUUCUUUUUAAAAAAUUAAGUAAAAAUUAUAAAGAUCCUACGGAGUCUCUGUAAUAACUGAGAAUAAGUUCCUCGGACUAUUGGGACUUCCCCACAUACUCAAGGAGCACCAUGGUCCCAUUGCCACUGUGAACUAGACCAAUUCCCAGCAAGACAUGCGGAAAGGGGUGCGAUAUCAGCAAGCGUCCAAAUCAAAUCAAGCCGGGGAAUUGAGUGAAAUAUGGAAAUGCGGCGAUGAGAAAGCCAGCCCACAACAAAAAGCCGCGAGCGGCGAAUUUCGAGAGCACGCUGAACGGAUUUAAUCCGCCGGACAAUUGUGGCAAAUUAGAUGGGAUGAGCAGCGUGGUUCAGACUCUGGCCGAGCGGAUCAGUCGCCGAGCAAACGAGAUUCGCACAGCAACGCGAUCGCGAUCCCCGCCAGCAACGAAUCCAUCAUCCGGAGAGUCAUGCAGGUCAAGUGCCUGAUCAUCUGCCUCGCCCUGGGGCUGCUCAUGGUGGCCACGCCCCUCUGCGAGGCUCGUCGAGGGCGUGGCCGUGGACGCACCAAGUCCAGGGUGCAGAUCGGGCUGCCAAUCACGGGAAAGUAUCGAGAUCCGGAGUCCGAUCAGUACUACAACAACAAUAAUGGCGCCAAGAUCCUGCAGGCCUCGCACUUCGACCUUGAGUACGUUCUGGGCCACAAGAUCGCCUUCCUCUGCGUGGCCAAGGGCAAUCCCCGGCCCCACAUCACGUGGUACAAGGACGGGGCGGAGAUCUACCAGCACCUCUACAUGCACGUCCACGAGUGGCGCAUCGGCGACGACAAGGUCAAGUCCAAGAUCGAAAUCGACCCGGCCACCCAGAUGGACGCCGGACUCUACGAGUGCACCGCCGACAACAUGUACUCCAUCGACCGGCGCAGCUUCAAGACGGAUUUCUCCAUUGCCUUCGACUGAUCGGAACCAUCCCGUGUCACCGAUUUAUUCUACACUGUUUGCAGAGAUAAUUCGGUGCUAGGGGGUGCCAAUUAUUGUAUAUUCCUUCGAGAACCUUUUUUCUUGGCAGUUCAAAAUCAAUUUGAAAUAUAUGCAGAAUUGCGUUUGGCUUGUAAAAUGGUAUAACUUUAAAAGAAAUGGUUUUAUCUGUUUAUAAUUAUGAACAUAAAAGUAUUUCAGGAUUCAAGACUUGGAUUGAUUUUUUUAAAUAAAUUGGUUGGUGUUUUUAAAAUGCAAA